UCAUUGAAAGCAGCACACAGCUGAUGCAUUCCGGCUGCUUGCAGCCAUUCGGAGGUGUGGAUUCCAAACUUCUCCUGCGAGUCCAUCUCCAUCUCUCUCGUGACAUCCAGCGAUGAGGAGGAGUGUGGUCUUUAGGACCAGGAUUAGGGUAGGGAUGAUUCUGUAAAAGAAGGGAUGAUUCUGUUAAGACUCAGCAUCAGUGUCUGGUCCUCGACCCACUUCUGUCCUCCGGCGUGAGCUGAACUAUUGUUUUGGGAGGAACAUGUCACAAACUAGGAGGAGCACCUUCAGCAGGACCUCCAGCAGCAUCAGGAUGAGCUCGGACGGCGGCAGCGGGGGCCGGCCCGCCAAGGUGGGCUCCCUGGUGGAGGUCAUCGGCAAGGGGCAGCGCGGCACGGUGGCCUUCAUCGGCUUCACGCUCUUCGCCUCGGGCAAGUGGGUCGGCGUCAUCCUGGACGAGGCCAAAGGCAAGAACGACGGCACCGUGCAGGGCAAGCGCUACUUCACCUGCGAAGAGAAUCACGGCAUAUUUGUCAGGCAGUCGCAGAUCCAGCUGGUUGAUGAUGGCGCCGACACCACGUCCCCAGAGACACCUGAGUCUAGUGCCACCAAGCUGCCAAAACGAGACAUCCCGGAGACGUCCAAGUCCACCAAACUGCGAGGAGUCAAGCCCAAAAAGACUCCGGCACCUCGCAAGACCACGGCCAGGCGGCCCAAGCAGACAAGUCGCCCCGCUGGCUCCGCAGGCAAGGGCCAGGCGUCCAGUUCGGCCUCGGCGUCGGCCGGCGAGAUGAGCAGCAGCGAGCCCAGCACGCCGGCCCAGACCCCUCUGGCCGCCCCGGUCAUCCCCACCCUCCACUCUCCUGGAAACCUUCCUCCGCCUCCCGUCCCCAGCAAGGAGGAGGAAGCUCUGCGCGCUGAAGUGAAGGACCUGGAGGAGAAGCUGGAGACCCUGAAGAUGAAGCGCACGGAGGACAAGGCCAAGCUGAAGGAGCUGGAGAAGCACAAGAUCCAGCUGGAGCAGCUGCAGGAGUGGAGGAGCAAGAUGCAGGAGCAGCAGGCCGAGCUUCAGAAGCAGCUGAAGGAGGCCAAAAGGGAGGCCAGAGAAGCCCUGGAGGCCAAGGAGCACUACAUGGAGGAGAUGUCCGACACGGCCGACGCCAUCGAGAUGGCAACGCUGGACAAGGAGAUGGCCGAGGAGCGGGCCGAGUCUCUGCAGUUGGAAGUGGACUCCAUGAAGGAGAAGGUGGAGGAGCUGACCAUGGACCUGGAGAUCCUCAAACAUGAGAUUGAAGAGAAAGGUUCUGACGGGGCGGCGUCCAGUUACCAUGUCAGGCAGCUGGAGGAGCAGAACGGCAGACUGAAGGAAGCCCUGGUCAGGAUGCGCGACCUGUCGGCGUCAGAGAAGCAGGAGCACGUGAAGCUGCAGAAGCAGACGGAGAAGAAGAACACGGAGCUGGAUGCUUUGAGGGCCCAGAAGGAGAAACUCCAAGAAGAAAUGUCGCUGUCAGAAAAGACGGUUGACGAGCUGAAAGAGCAGGUGGAUGCAGCUCUGGGCGCUGAGGAGAUGGUGGAGACCCUGACUGAGAGAAACUUGGACCUGGAGGAGAAAGUCCGGGAGCUGAGAGAGACCGUCACCGACCUGGAGGCCAUCAACGAGAUGAACGACGAGCUGCAGGAGAACGCCCGGGAGACGGAGCUGGAGCUGAGGGAGAUGCUGGAUCUGGGCGGGGCCAGGGUGCGAGAGGCGGAGAAGCGAGUGGAAGCGGCCCAGGAGACGGUGGCCGACUACCAGCAGACCAUCAAGAAGUACCGUGAACUCACGGCUCACCUGCAGGAAGUGAACCGAGAGCUGACCAGCCAGCAGGAAGCCUCCGCAGAGCUCCUGCAGCAGCCGCCUGCAGAAAUGUUUGACUUUAAGAUCAAGUUUGCUGAGACUAAGGCCUACGCUAAGGCCAUCGAGAUGGAGUUGAGGAAGAUGGAGGUGUGUCAGGCCAACAGACAGGUUUCUCUCCUGACCGCCUUCAUGCCAGAGUCCUUCCUGCGUCAUGGCGGAGACCACGACUGCAUUCUGGUGCUGCUGCUCAUCCCUCGACUGCUCUGCAAGGCGGAGCUAAUCAGCAAACAAGCUCAGGAGAAGUUUGACCUGAACGAGAACUGCGUGGAAAGAACCGGACUAAGAGGUUCACUCGGGGAGCAGCUGAGCUUCGCCGGUGGUCUGGUGUACUCCCUCUGUCUGCUGCAGGCCACGCUCCACAAAUAUGAACAAGCUCUGUCCCAGUGCAGCGUGGAGGUCUUCAAGAAGAUCGGCUCUUUGUACUCUGAGAUGAGCGUCCACGAGCGCUCCCUGGACUUCCUGAUAGACCUGCUGCACAAAGACCAGCUGGACGAGACGGUCAACGUGCAGUCGCUCACCAAGGCCAUCAAGUACUAUCAGCACUUGUACAGCAUCCACCUGGCGGAGCAGGGUGAAGACUGCACGGUGCAGCUGGCCGACCACAUCAGGUUCACCCAGAGCGCCUUGGACUGCAUGGCGGUGGAGGUGGGCCGCCUGAGGGCCUUCCUCCAUGCGGGCCAGGAGAAGGCGGACCUGGCCGUGCUGCUCAAGGACCUGGAGACCUCCUGCAGUGACGUGCGGCAGUUCUGCAAGAAGAUACGCCGCCGCAUGCCGGGCACCGACGCCCCGGGCAUCCCCUCCGCGCUCGGCUUCGGACCGCAGGUGUGCGACACCCUGGGAGACUGCCGCAAGCACCUCACCUGGGUGGUGGCCGUGCUGCAGGAGGUGGCCGCCGCCGGGGCGCAGAUGAUGUCACCGCUGGGGGAGCAGGAGGGGCUGGCGGCCGUCAAACUGGAGGACGUGGCGUUCAAGGCGGGCGAACAGAUUUACGGCAGCCCGGGCGCCAACGCGUACGAGUGCCUGCGUCAGUCCUGCUGCGUCGUCAUAGCGACCAUGAACAAGAUGGCCACCGCCAUGCAGGAGGGAGAGUACGACUCCGAGAAGCCUCAGAACAAGGCCCCGCCCCCUGUGGAGGUGCAGGCGGCCGCCCUGCGAGCGGAGAUCACGGACGCAGAAGGUGUGGGCAUGAAGCUGGAGGACCGAGAGACCGUCAUCAAGGAGCUGAAGAAGUCCCUGAAGAUGAAGGGCGAGGAGCUGAGCGAGGCCAGCGUGCGCCUCAGUCUGCUGGAGAAGAAGUUGGACAGUUCCUCCAAGGACGCAGACGAGCGCGUGGAGAAGAUCCAGACCCGCCUGGACGAGGCACAGAACCUCCUGAAGAAGAAAGAGAAGGACUUUGAGGAGACCAUGGACGCCCUGCAGGCUGACAUCGACCAGCUGGAGGCAGAGAAAGCUGAGCUGAAGCAGCGUGUGGGUGGACAGUCCAAGAUGGCUGCUGACGGCCUGCGAGGCCCGUGUGUGGUUUCAGGAGAGUGCUCCAUGGCGGGCGGCGUGGCGACAGGCGCGGGGGUGCAGGUGGUGGAUUCGCCGCUGCUGACUCGUCAGAUCGAGGCGCAGAGACUUUGCAUCAAGCAGCUGAAGAACGAGAACAACUGGCUGAAGGCGGAGAAGAUGCGCGGCCAGCUGGCGGCGCUGCCCCCGCUCCACGUGGCCAAGCUGCCCUGCAGGGACGGCGGGGGUCAGGCGCCGCUCUCUGGCGCCCUCUACAGGAAGACUGACCAGCUGCUGGAGACGUUACUGCAGAUGAGCGCCAACGUGAAGGUGGUGGACGUCACAGGAAAAUGUCCCGUGACACCCAGCGCUCAACUUCUGGAGCAGACGGCUCGCUUGCAGUCGCUACGAGACACACUGGACAGACUCAAGGGGGAAGUAGCUGAACAUGUGGUGAAACAGCAGCCAGGUGCCAGAGUGUCGUCAGACUUUGCCACCUUUCCUUCUGCCUCCUUCAUCAAGGCCAAGGAGGAGAAGCAGGGCCAGGCGGUGCUGGUGGGGCGACUGAUGGUGCCAUGUCCCCCAGGACAGGAGCAGGUGCACCGGCUGCUGCUCACACAGCGUCAACUACACCAUGUCCACAACUUGCUGACUGUCACCUGACUCUCACCACUAGUCAUGGUUACUGUCACUACUAGUGAUGGUUACUGUCACCCGAGUGUCACCACUAAUCAUGGUUACUGUCACCACUAGUGAUGACUACCAUCACCUGAGUGUCACGACUAGUGAUGUUUACCGUCAUCCGAGUGUCACGACUAGUGAUGGCUACCGUCACCCGAGUGUCACCACUAGUGAUGGUUACUGUCACCCAAGUAUUACUACUAGUUAUGGCUACUGUCACCACUAGUGAUGGUUACUGUCACCCGAGUGUCACCACUAUUGAUGGUUACUGUCACCCAAGUAUUACUACUAGUUAUGGCUACCGUCACCACUAGUGAUGGUUACUGUCACCCGAGUGUCACCACUAGUGAUGGUUACUGUCACCCGAGUGUCACCACUAGUGAUGGUUACUGUCACUCGAGUAUCACCACUACUGACGGCUACCGUCACCCGAGUGUCACCACUAGUGAUGGUUACCGUCACCCGAGUGUCACUACUAGUGAUGGCUACUGUCACCCGAGUGUCACUACUAGUGAUGGUUACUGUCACCCGAGUGUCACCACUAUUGAUGGUUACUGUCACCCAAGUAUUACUACUAGUUAUGGCUACCGUCACCACUAGUGAUGGUUACUGUCACCCGAGUGUCACCACUAGUGAUGGUUACUGUCACCCGAGUAUCACCACUAGUGACGGCUACCGUCACCCGAGUGUCACCACCAGUGAUGGCUACUGUCACCACUAGUGAUGGUUACUGUCACCCGAGUGUCACCACUAGUGAUGGUUACUGUCACCCAAGUGUCACCACUGGUGAUGGUUACUGUCACCACUAGUGAUGGUUACUGUCACCCAAGUGUCACCACUAGCCAUGCCUACCGUCACCCGAGUGUCACCACUGGUGAUGGCUACUGUCACCCAAGUGUCACUACUAGUGAUGGUUACUGUCACCACUAGUGAUGGUUACUGUCACCCGAGUGUCACUACUAGUGAUGGUUACUGUCACCCAAGUGUCACCACUAGCCAUGGCUACUGUCACCCGAGUGUCACCACUGGUGAUGGCUACCGUCACCCGAGUGUCACCACUGGUGAUGGUUACUGUUACCCGAGUGUCACCACUGGUGAUGG